AUGACUCUUGAGCCACGUCACCAGUUUGACAGCCUCGCACCAAAUCAGAGGCGGCGCUCACGGGGAGCCCCGGGCGUCCCCCGCCGCUCCUGCAGAUUAGAACUCGCCUCUCCUAGCUCCUCCCCUCAGUCCCAUUUAAAACUCCGAAAAAUUAAGAGUGGACUCAGUUUCUGCAGCGCCUUCUUCCACUGCAAGAUGAACACCGUUCUGCCUUGCCAAGACCAGUACUUUGUAGGAGGCCAGAACUAUAAUUACCCGUAUUCCACUACAACGUCAGAAUCUAGUGUUGACGUUUCCACGGAGACUUGGGUCUCUUUCUGGGCUGCUGGUCUCCUGGACAACAGAGAGCCCCAACAAGCACCACAGGCACAGGUGAAAACAAGAUUCUUCCCCUUGCCUGCUGGACAAUUGGUACAGCUUAUUGUCAAAUAUGAAAACAAAACAAAACACCCAUUUGUAAAAGCCUGUGAAACGUACAGAGAAUGGUAUUUGAAAUACAUGAGUUAUCAUUUUGAGAUUUCACCAAUUCUUCAGAAAAGUAAGCUCCAAGACACCCUGGUGCAGAAGGAAGAAGAACUUGCUAGGUUACAUGAAGAGAAUAAUCACCUCAGACAAUACCUGAAUUCUGCUUUGGUUAAAUGUCUUGAGGAAAAAGCCAAGAAGUUCCUAUCAUCAGAUGAUGUCUCGAAAGCAUAUGGAAAACUGAGAAAGGGGAAGAGGAAACCCAAGGAGCAAAGAUACUCUCCUCCUGAGAUCCCCCAUCGCAAAAAUGUCAAGAGGAACCUCUCUAGUGAAUUCGCUAACUGUGAAGAGCAACCUGGGCCCCCUGUGGACCCCUGGGUCCUUCAAACACUUGGGUUAAAAGAUCUCAACACCAUUGAUGAUACUUUAUCAGCUAACUACAGUGCCCUCGCCUCUCCUCCCAGGAGAAUCACCAGCACAUUUCCCCAGUUUCUGGAGGAUGCAGUUGAUUAUGAAAAGGCCCCCACAGAGGAUCUCCAAAUUGACUAUGGAGGUGAAAGCACCACUCCUUCCUGCAGCACUGCCAGCCCUGGGGAGGAUUUUCACUUCCUUUCUCAACUUUCAAAUCCCCCAGGAGGGCUGCAAACUCGUCCUUACUAUGCUUCUGAUGUGUCACCCAACAAGACUGAGAUGGCCUUUUCCACAUCCCUGAGCCCUCACUGUAAUGUGAAAACUCAUUCCUUCCACCAGGGACAAGCCUUUGUUCGUCGAGAUGAAGAGGGGGGCUGGAAGUUUACCUGGGUUCCUAAACAGUCUUAG